CCCAAACCCAACUCUCCCCCCACCUUCCUUCGCAAACAACCCUUUUCUGCUCAUACAUCACGCAAUGGUGUCUUCGGAGCGCCUCGAGAAGCUGCGCGGGCUGAUCAAGUCUGACGUCGAUGCCCUCCCUGACCGCCGUAUCUCCCCAGAUCGUAUGCUUGACGACUCUGACUCCUCUGGUGGUGUGCCUCUCGAAUCUCACCUGCUAGACAUACCCCUCCCCCAACAAGAUACGUUGGAAAAAACGGUUUCGUCUCUGGCGACAUCGGCCUCUGGUCCGACAGCUUCCUUUACGGAAAACUCAGACCGCCAAUCCCUCUGGAUGAACGACGCCUCAAGCUCGAUCAACCAGAGUCUUGACUCGAUGCACAUCUCAGGCCCUCCAUCUCCUCCUCCUCCUGGUAUUAAAGAUCAUCCCACAACCAAUCUUCAGCGUGGAGAGUUAGCUUCAGCACAUCACCAUUUCACACCGAUCCAAGCAUUGGCCAAGUAUCCCUACACGUACUGCAACAAGAACCACAUGCAAACCAUUGCCUCUGCUUUUUUUGACCAAGGAAAAUUCUGGAAUCGAGUUUGGGAUAUUUACUACGUCUGGCCCACCGACUCUUCCAAACCUACCCUCCUCGUCCACGAGAACCAGGUGCAGACUCUACUUACCGAGAUCAAUCAUCAACUUCAACUUGACCUCCGCAUUACCAAUCACCAACGAGAGGAAGGCCUGGUGACACGCUUCCCUGACCAUCCUCGGUGCUUACCAAGAUAUCUUGGGCGCUCACAAUCGCGCCAGGAUAUCGAAGAUAUGAUUGCAAUCGCGCCAAAUGAGACACAUCGAGCCGUUGGAGAACCCCCUCAUCCAAUCCUCCAGCCUGCCGAGUUGGAGAUUUUCAACCAGUUGAUGGAGGAUAUUGCACAGGUGCAGAAACCGAAGGGAAAGGCGAAGGCUAAGAGACAGCAAGACCGUUUAGCCAAGAACAAAAUAAUGGCGGGCCAGUUCAAGCGCGCGCAGAGGCAUCUGGGGCUCCGUGAAGCUGAGCAAAUAUAUCCAUCGGCAGAACUUAGGUCGUCUCCAGCUGUCGAUCCAUCUAUGGCUGCCCCAUUCAUGUUCGAACAGUCUGUGGUCUUCGUUUGUGUCGAUGUAGAAUCGUACGAGGGAGCCCAUCACAAGAUCACCGAAGUCGGAGUCGCUACACUGGAUACACGAGACCUGCAAGACAUCGCACCAGGCGAAAACGGAAAAGCAUGGAGAGAGAUGAUUCGAGCUCGCCACUUUCGCAUUAAAGAGUAUAAGCACCUAGUAAACCAUCUCUACGUCAUAGGACACCCUGAUGGCUUCCUGUUUGGCGAAUCCACGUUUGUCUCGCUCAGUGAAGCCGCAAAGCAUGUCGCGGCCUGCUUUCGAGCACCAUUUGGGGAUGCAGACACGCCGACUAAGCAGUCGAAUGAGAAACGCAACAUCGUUCUCCUUGGGCAUGAUACACUGGGUGAUAUCCGUUAUUUACAGCAGCUCGGUUAUGACCCGGUAAAAGAGGAAAAUAUUCUCGAAAUCAUGGACACGGCCACCAUGUACCGCAUCUGGCACCGCGAUCAGCAGCCCACCAAGUUGGGCAAUAUUUUGAGCGACUUCGACAUUGUUGGAUGGAAACUUCAUAAUGCUGGCAAUGACGCGGUAUACACGCUACAAGCUAUGCUGGGAAUCUGCGUCCGUGAAGCUAUGAUUCGUGGUUCUCUGGACCCCGAGGAGAUACAUGAGACUGAAAAAGCUGCUGAGAUUUCUACUGUUCGAGAACGGGCCGACCAGGAGGCUCAAGCUAAUGUGACAGGCUGGAUCAAGCACAAAACAGACGGUCACCGCAGUCCACCAGUGCCGCAUGCUACCGAUUUCACAACAGACAUAAUGUUAACGGAGUUCGGACAGGCGUCUGUGCCACAGUACGAUGGCUCGUCUGAAAGAGCAGCGUACGAUGGAUCAUGGCACAUUCAGACGAAGGAUGCAGGGUUGGCUACGGAAGUGACUCAUGCUCAAGAGCAAGGACAUUGGCAGGACCUCUUAGAUGUGUCCGCGAAUAUGGCCAGCUUUGAAAGCAUUCCCAAUGUGCAAUACUAUUGGUGAGUGAGUGGCAUGAUGGCAAUGUGUCGGCAACGAGUGGGUGGGGACUAUGGGCUCAUGCGUACAAUGUGCUUCUCUUUUCAGUUUCCAGGUGCGGCUAGGCAUGCAAGCAAUCGUGGCCCGCAAUUGAGAUCAGAGCACUAGUAGUUGCAGCCAGAAUACCUUCACGGCUUCUAGCGACAUGGCAGACGUUGGCAAGGGAUGUUAGCUAUGCAUAUGCAGCUCUCGAAUCGGAC